ACAACCGGUCACUCGAGGCGAAGAGGACGUUCGGGCGGUGUUCGGGCCAAGCUAACUGUCCGUCUUGGUCACAUUUUCGGAGUGGAGCGCGACAGAAAAUAACUUCAAGACGAGCGAGUCGAUGAAUCUUUUUGGAGUAACGCUUUAUUUCGAAUUCGAUAAAUUGUUCAUUUCUUCGUGUGCAUUUAUUCGAUACGUUUGGAAAAUUUAAUCCGAUAACAAGAUGAAAAGCUUCGUGGUUUCGUGUCUCGUGUGCUCGUUCAUCAUCGCCUCGAGAGUCGAAGCGAUCGGAAAAUAUAAAGGUCUGGAAUUCAUCGAACCUUGCUCGAGAAACGAUCCAAAAGUUGAAGCCUGCCUAACCAGAUCCGCCAAUGCGCUCGUCGAACACUUCCGAAACGGCCUGCCACAGUUGGGUUACCCGGAAGUCGAACCCAUCAUUUUGGACGAAGUGCAAAUAUCGCUGGGCGGUGGUGCCAAUGGUUACAGAGCCCAGUUCAAAGAUGUCGGUGCCAAGGGGGUUUCCAAUCUCAAUAUUACGGGCUUGAGAACAAGAAUAACCGACGACGAAGUCCAACUGCAGCUCGCUCUCAGCAUCCCGAAAAUUUAUGCAGCUGCCAAAUACCGUUCCAGUGGAGUUUUGAUGCUGGUUCAGGCCGGUGGAGCUGGCGACUACUGGGGGGAAUAUGAGGGUGUGAACGCCAAAGUAUACAUCAGAGCGAAGCCGUUCAACUACGAGGGUCGGGAGUACCUGAGUUUGCAGCAACUGAAAAUGGACUUUAGUGUUAAGAAUAUAAACAUGGGCGUGAAAAACGUUCGCGACGGGAAUACGAUACUUCAAGCCGCUUUGAAUCUUUUCAUCAACACGAACAGCCAAGAACUGCUAAAGGAGAUGAAACCAGAUCUGAGAAGAAAGCUCGUUCAGCUGAUGACGUCUUUCGUGGAGAAACUCUUCGCUCAGGUCCCCUACGACGCAUGGAUCUCUGACUAAAUGAGCAGCGAAUGGGCGACCGCGCAGUACUGAAUCACGCUGAAAUAAUUAGCGUUUCUCGACUAUACUUUUAUAAAUGUGAACGGUGACGAAGCACCGUGAAGCGAGAAUGACUGAUAAGAUUAUUUAAUGCGUUAGCUAUAGAACUCGUCAAAAAACUCGCGAAGAGCAACACGAGUUCAGGCUCCAAUAAUUGUCUUUGCGAAUCACCGUUUUUAAGAUUUUUUUCUAAAUUCAAAGGCCUCGGUUCCUGGUGUCCCGACAGUGGAAACGAAACAUAUUCAGAGUAUUCUUGAGCAAGUCUCGGACAAAUACGUCAGGUGCAGUUUUCAUGAAAUCUCGAAAGACUUUUAAGAACGCUGCUCAGAUUAUUGCUUUUCUUUCUCUCAUUUUCCACCUCGACAUUUGCUCACCACGGAGCCAUUCGAUCUUCGUGUAUUUCGUGAAGUAUACCUCGGAAAAUUUUAUAGGAAAAAUUGAGUUUUAGUCACUUGCGUUGAUUGACUGAUGAGAGCAUGGCAACGAUCGAAGAAUGUAACGUGUCUCCAUGAAAUUAACUUAUUGGAACGUCUUUGCGUGAAAAUAAAGUAUUUUCAAGUGCUUUCAAGGCUGA